AUGCGCUGUCGCUGCUGCCGGUGGGGAACGCGACUCAGCUACGACCCAGAGACGGCUGGAGCAGCCGGGGCGGCGGCGCCCCCACCGCCGAUCGGGCUCGCAGACGCCGCCCGACAGAGCGACUCUUUGGAGUCCAGCGGCGGUCCGCGCAAGUGGGCCAGCCGCGAUCAGCUGACCGCGUGCCUCGUCGCUCCCAGCAGGAGCUCCCCAGCCGCGCUCCGCUGGAGGUCCAGCCCCGCGCUCCCCUGUGCAGAGCGCCCAGAAGAGGGCAAUCGGAACGAGGACGGCGCUGCGAGGCUCUCUGCGCCCAGCUUUCAUGCCUCCGCGCCCAGCCCUUGGCAGGCCGUCGCGGUGUCAUGUCCAGCCGCCGUGGCCUGCCCCCCCCGCGGCGGACUCUGCCCACCUGCUGGCGGCCAGGGUCCGCCAGGAGACCCCGUCGGCGCCGCACAACGUGGCUGCCUGGCGGGCUGCGUGCUGAUGGCGUGCGCGGCGGCCAUCACCGGGUUCCACUGA